CGAUACGCUAGCUCCGACCCCUUUUGGAGUAAGAGCGGGCUGCCCCCCGAGCGACUUGACCGUAUAAAGAUGAUCCUCACGCAGUGCGCCGUCUGCGCUACCGAGCUUGGCUUAACCUUGGGCAAGAAAUGCGGCCGCUGCAGCACACGCUACUGUGGGCCUGAAUGCCAGAAAAAACACUGGGAAGAGGGCGGGCACGACAAGCUCUGUAAGACCAUAAAAAAAGCAGGCGGCGCCGAGCAAUACAACGCAAAUAAGAAGUACGCAGAGGCGGUCACGGUCGCCGCGGAGGCGUGCGCGGAGGACACCAAGGGCCAGACGUGCUACAUCUGCACGCAGGCGCUCCAUUGGAAAACAAAGGAGGGCCUCGUGCGUGGGUGCUCGUGCCGCGGGACGGCGGGUUUCGCGCAUGUGUCGUGCUUGGCGGAGCAGGCGAAGAUCUUGGUCGCGGAGGCCGAGGAGAACAAUUUGAGCGAUAAGGUGUUUGAUGAGAGGUGGGCGCGGUGGGACAGGUGCAGUUUGUGCGAACAACGCUACCACGGUGACGUGGGGUGCGCGGUCGGGUGGGCGUGCUGGAAGACGUACGUGGGCCGGUCGGAGACGGAUUGGCCUCGGCAAGGUGCGAUUAAUGUGCUUGGAAGCGGUUUAGAUGCUGCAAAACACCACGAGGACGCGCUGUCCGUGAGAGAGGCCGAGUUGGCUAUGAAGCGGCGCCUUGGCGCAUCAACAAGCAACAUACUCGUCGUGCAGACCAAUCUUGCACUCACGUAUCAACACCUUGGACGGCUUGAACAGGCCAUGCAGAUGCAGAAAGACGUGUACUUCGGGCGUUUAACGACACAUGGAGUGGAGCAUACUUAUACCCUUACGGCAGCCAACAACUACGCAGCGUCCCUUGUUGUUCUGCGACGCUACAAAGAAGCCAAGUCACUGCUGCGCAAAAUUAUUCGCGUGACGCCACGCAUUUUGGGAGAGACUCAUGAGAUCACGCUCAGGAUGAGGUGGAUUUACGCGAAUGUGCUCUACAUGGACACCAGCGCCACGCCCGACGAUCUCCGCGAGGCCGUGACGAAGCUCGAGGACACGGCACGGACCGCGCAGCGCGUUUUCGGCCGUGCGCAUCCGAUGGUAGUGGAACUUGAGCGGUCUCUGAGAGGGUCGCGAGAGGCGCUCAGCGCGCGUGGAGGAAACGGGUAACUAGAAAAGGUCUC